AAUGUCAAUUUCCAUCGACUAUCCUUGUUGAGUGAGAGAAAGGUAGUAAAGAACUCCGAAAAGCAAAAUCCGGCGAAGUUGUUUUAUAAGGUACAGAUUCUCCCGCUAUCAUUUGGCCAGCCAGCAGAAGCUCACAUCAACUUCAUUCGUUCAUUUCCAACCACAGACUAUUAAGACCUCACUCUCGUUAUUUCAAGACCAGAUACAAUGCGGAUCUCCGCCUCAGUCCUGCUCAUAUUCCUAUCUGGAGUCCUCUCAGCGCCGGCGCUGACGAUUCCCAAUGGCUACGAUCGACACUCUGCGAGCGACGAUCGGGCCCUCGAACUCGGUUCGCACAUUGCGGAUAGGGGACUGCACACAAACGUUUUGGAAGACGUCCAGAAGCGAGCACCACCAAAGCCCCCCGCGAAGCCUGCAGCGCCUCCAGCGAAACCCCCGGUGAAGCCCCCCGUGAAGCCCCCGGUGAAGCCUCCAGUGCAACCCCCAGCGAAGCCGCCUGUCAAACCGGUUCCCGAAAAAUCACCUUACGAGGACUUGUUUCUCAACGACAAAUACAAAGUUCCAUACUCGGCAAAAGCAGAGGACCUCUGCGGUGGUCUCAUCUCCUGUGAGGAGCAACUUGAGGCAACUUCUGAAGAAUCCGAAAGUGGUAACACCCGCCGAGAUGGCCACCAGCUGGCAAAACGCUCGAGAAGCGUCAAGGCGUUCGGUGGUACUAUGACUCUGAAAGCCGCUUCCUAUUAUUAUGCUUUUGAGAUCUAUGCGGAUCCCAGACAGGCUAACCCAAAGGCAGUGCUGGAUUUCCAGACUGAUCUUGUGGCAGAUCACGAAAUGACAGCCAAAGCUGUUGAGCCCAAAUCUACUCUCAAUCUCAUUACGGAGCAUGUAAUAGAACUACAAACUAUAGCCAUGUUCCUAGACCAUUUAGCCAAUGGCGAUAAAAACUUCCAAGCAAACCUGAAGAAACUCUGGGAGGCCUCAAUCGAUUUGACCAAGGCCAAGGCUCUGCCUAACAUUCCUUGGACAAAGGACCUGAAAGGUGCCCUGAAAUUUAACGACCUAGUUUUCCAUGCAAUGGGAUCGAAGAUUAACCCAAAUGCGAACGUACUCUUCAACAAGGAAGUCAAUGGGAUCAAGGAAAGCAUCUGGUCGGAAGAAAAUCCCGUGGCGCCUGGAAAGUACAAGGCCCUGUAUGAAGGUGUAGCUGAUGGAAAGACCGACUCUGCAAUGCUGCACAGCGUCCAUCGAAAUGUACUUGCCGUGUUCGAUUAUCUACAAAGUCCGCCCGUAGCGUCCAGGAUCCAAACCAUCGUAAAAGAGAUUACUGAGAUCAUGAAGAACGCCAAGGGCCUGACUGGCCUAGACCUCAAAGACGGCCAGGGCCAAGCUGUAGUUCUCGACGUGAAGUUCACAGAAUACAUGAAGCUGCAUUUCAAGAAGACGGAAGCGUGGGGCCAGAAGUGGAUGAAGGAUGCCAUCACACUCGCGGAGAAGGAGCUCGAAAAGGAGGUCGCUACAUUGAAGACACUCGAACAGACGAUACGCAAGAAGGAAAGAGACACGGACAAAGCCAAGAAGCGCGCCCACUUCGACGACUCCAAGAAGAAACUUGACACCCUCCAAACAGCACGGAAACCAAUCGAGACUAAGAUCGAGACGAUAAAGAAGGAGAUUCAGACGGAAAAGGCGAAAAUCGAUGCAAUUGAGGCGAAGGUGUUUGCAGCAAAAUUAGUCGCGGACAAAGGCAAGGCCCGCAGCGCCGGCAAAUGGAAAACGACCGUGGAAAAGUACCAGGCCAAGGAGAAGACCCUCUUGGUGCCGCAGGAGCAGUGGAACGCCAAGUUGCGGGAGAUCAACAAAUUGUAUGGAGUCAGAGUCAAGCAGGUCUGGGAGAACUUUGAGAAGGACCUCAAGACCAUGCGGGAUAGGAAGGCGAAGCUCACCACGAUCAUCAAGAUGCCGGCGCUCCCCUGAGACUUCCACGGGAUGUUGAGAGUGCGGCGUGCGAGAGCUUGUAGUGAUAAGGGGAGGUAGAUGUAGGAGUUUGCGGCUGAGAAGCUGGUCGGUGUCGAACCUGAAUGUCAAGUGCAGUCGUGUGGCCUUGCGGUGCUGCCAAGGAAGUCGGAGAAUGGAAGGAGCGAAUCCGCAUUGAGCCUAGCGCGAGGCGUCCAACAUCGAAAUUAAGAAGUCAGGUCCAAGCUUGGAACCAUGCAACGACACAAACAGCGCAAAAUUGAGCGCGCAGAUAUCUGUAUUGACUUGGAAAGUUUACUUAUAUUCCUCUUGCGAUCGCUAUCUUUGCAACAAGC